AAAAAAAAAUUUGAUCAUCCUAUUAAAUCUCACGAUCCCUCGAUUCUCUCUCACAAACCCAGUUUUUCUCGUCAUGGGUUCGACUUCCAUUCGCUUCCUCUUCAUUGCUUCCUUCGUCUUCUUCGCUCUGUCCUUCAUUUCUUUUGCUCAGGAUUCAGAGGUUCAAGCUGAGAGGGAGGAAUCUGGUGGGUCAAUCAAAGAUUUGGGCCGCCGGGGAAUGAUCGGUGUGAAGAACCUUCAGAAUAGUGUACUAGACGAUCCAGUGGGUACAGCUCUUGGUUUUGAUUCUGGUAUUGGCAUCUUGGAUGCAUUCUUUGCAAGUUUUUCCAUGAUAAUUGUCAGUGAGAUUGGAGAUGAAACUUUUAUAAUAGCAGCUCUUAUGGCUAUGCGGCACCCAAAGUCAACUGUUCUAUCUGGUGCACUAGCUGCCCUCUUUGUAAUGACAAUACUUUCCACUGGACUAGGUAGGAUUGUGCCGAAUUUGAUAUCAAGGAAGCACACAAAUAGUGCAGCUACAGUUCUCUAUGCAUUUUUCGGGUUUCGGUUACUUUAUAUUGCCUGGAAAUCAGAUACAAAGGGAUCUCAGAAGAAGGAAAUGGAAGAAGUGGAAGAGAAACUUGAGACUGGCCAAGGGAAAACACAUUAUCGACGCUUUCUCUCCAGAUUUUGUACACCAAUAUUCUUGGAGUCAUUUAUUCUAACGUUUCUGGCAGAAUGGGGGGAUCGAAGCCAAAUCGCCACAAUUGCUCUAGCAACGCAUAAAAAUGCGGUGGGUGUAGCGGUAGGAGCUGUGAUAGGGCACACAAUCUGCACAUCACUGGCCGUGGUGGGAGGAAGCAUGCUAGCUGCCAAGAUCUCGCAGCGCACUGUUGCCAUGGUCGGAGGCUUGCUCUUCCUCGGCUUCUCUCUCUCAUCAUAUUUCUACCCUCCCCUAUGAUUUGUAGGUUAUAACGUGAUUCUUUUGGAGAACCCAAUUUCCUUUGAUACUCUUCAAGUGUUCCUAGUGUUUUGUCUCCAUAGUUUAUGUGCAACACUGGAAGAUAAGGUUUCAAUGUUGGAUUUU